AUGGACACUGUAUCAGGUAUCGCAGUCUUCUGGGAUAGAGUCUUCGCUUUCGCAGGCUCUUCUUAUUUUUUGUCGAUUAUCCUCGAUGAAGGGGACGACUAUGAUGGCAGGUGGAAUGAGCACCUCACUCUCAUCGAACGCAGAAGCGAAUACCUUUUGCAUCUCUGGGGGCCUUAUCAUGGAAUGUUUGCAGUGGCUCCUGGUGCAUAUACUCCAUAUGAACUUCGUUGGGACAAUGUGAUCCUGGAGGGCUGCAAGCUGGAUUUUGUGUUCUUCCGUACCGAAGCCGGCAAGAACAAGAAGAAGCAGACUUCGCCGAAGGAAGGCAGCAAAUCCGAGAAGAAGCAGACCCCGGCGAAGUCUUCCCACCAGGUCGCAGAGCCGCCGAAGAAGAUCGCCAAGCAGGAGGAUGCUGCCGAGAAGGCCGAUGAAUCCUGGAGCUCCUGGUCCUGGAAUGCAAGUGCCGGACAGGACAACCAUUGGUGGUACGGCAACAACAGCAGCUGGUGGAGCGGGGGCUGGGAAAAGUCGUGGGAACAACAGCCUGGGGCUUCAGGGGACAAUGCAGGUGGCCAGGAGCAGCAGGAGGAGCCAUCCGCAGAAGCGGAUUCAAAGCAGGAUGAGGCCAAGCAGGCUAAGAAGAGACAAGCCUACUUGCAGGCACAUGCGAAGUGGGCCCGGUUCAUGAGGAGCCUCGAGAGCCCACGGUCGCCGAGCCAGAUCCAUUCGGUGGGCGAGAAUGCCAAGUCGGCUGGGGAGGGACUCACCUGUCUGCACUAUCUCUUCGAGUCCUGGUGCAAUGCCGAGGGCGAUUGGCGAAAGUCCUGUGUCUACGUAAACGUGUGCUCGAAGAACACCAAAACUCGGAAGGGAGUCAAAAAGUGGCUUACUUACCAAGAGAUAGUCAGCAAGCUGGGUGAGACAGUGGCCGACGCCAUCGUGGAGCACAAGCGGUCCGUGAAAGAGGCCCAGCAAUUCUGGAUCCUAGACUCCGAGGCGGAGGAGGAUAUCCAAGAAGAUUGGAUUUCCAAGCUUCUCACGGUGUCCGAAGACGGCGGUUCCCCGAACAGAGGCUGCAAUCGCCGAGCCAAGUACCCCAAGGGCCGUGCUGCUAAGGCCAAGUAUGUGGGAAAGCUCACUAUGAAGUCGCCGGAGCUGGCCGACAUGUCCGAUGUGCUCCGCAAAGCCUACCUGGACGACUUGCAGAUCAAAAGCAAGGAGGUGUGCAAGAUGCGAAACCGCCUGCAGAGCUUCAUCGACGCUGGCAAGGUGAAGGAGAUCCCCGACCAGCAGGCUGUGGUGCUCGGCUUGAUCGACGCCAUCGACCGCUUCCUGCUGAUGGGCGACAAAGCCCUCGCAUUCGUGCUCAGCUGUCCGUUGUGGCGGCCACGCAGUGCGAGGAAUUCGCGCUUUUUGCUUUCCAUCUUGUCGUUGGAUGACAGCUACCUCGGCUGGGCAACCCUGAAACCUGUCAUUGGUCAUAUCGUGGCUGCUCUAAACAGGGCAGCAGCCACCCCAUUGACCCAGGACGGUCGCUGCUUCAUCGUCACCGAGAUCGGUGGGGAUUGGAAGUAUUUUCGUGAGGCCCUAUCCCUGCGAUCCCAUUGGAAUGCUCCUUUGGUUUGCCACCAUUGCCGCAUGGUGCGGCAAAGAAUGGCAGACCUGCCUUUGGCUACUGACCUGGAUUUCAGGGACACUCCUGCUUUUUUGGCUGAGGUUUCAAAGCACGACGCUUCGCCGUUGGUGCUGCUGACAGACUUUCAUCCUUCCAAGGUUUUCCGCUUGUCGAGUUUGAGCAAUAAUGGUCCGAAGAGGCUCUGGACCGCCAAUGGGGGGGCAAUGGCAUGCCUGCUGGACAUGGCUUGGUGGGGGCUGCCGGAUGUCGACAUCAAAAUUCGGCUUCAAGAGGCCUGGGCCGACUUUUGCGACUGGAAGUCUGCCAACAAGGUUACAUGUUCUCAGCGGCCGUUUACACCUGGCAUGCUCUACAAAGCGAAGCAUGGUGCAUAUAUGAGUUGCAAGGGAUUCAACAGCAGGAUUCUUGCUUCCUGGCUUGCAUCAGAGGCACAGAAGGCCUGGCAGGGUACUGCAAACCCCAGCGAUGAGCUGUGUCUUAUGACACAUGCUCUGCCCCUCGGCUCCACCCUCAUUCAAUUUCACUGGGGCCUUCACCCUUUCCUUUUUCUUUUUCUGACCUCCAUCAGCUCCUAUAUGGACUUGUCCGAGGGAUUCCGGACUGUGGACGAAGCCAUGCAGCUCUAUUCGGCGGGGAUCGGCUUCCUGGAGUCACAUGUGGCCUUCCACGAACAGCUCAUCAUGACCCGAGAUUGGUGUAUGAAUCAAAGGUUUCUUCAUGGAGCCCUCGACGAGGACCACAUGUCAUAUGUGAAAAGAUUUACUGAGUGCGAUAAACCUGCAGACACCGAGCCACUGGACACCGCAAUACAGAGGUUUGGCUACCUCGCAAAUCCUCGCAAGGAGAUCGGUUUCUUCGACACUACGCAGACGGGGGAACUGACAUCACGCAUGACCCAGGACUGUUCACAGGUGGUCGAGCAAGUCUACUUAAACGUCAACAUCUUCCUUAGGACGAUGGUCUCCAUCGUCACCACCCUGGUUUUCAUGUUCGCAAUCACGACUCCAUUGACUCUGGUAGCCUUUGUCUCCGUGCCUGCGGUCGUCAUAAUCUCCAUGAAGUAUGGGAAGAUUAUGAAAGAUUUGAGCACGCGGACGCAGAAAGCAUUGGCAGAUGCCAAUGCAGUGGCAGAUGAAGGCCUGGCAAACAUGCCCACGAUCAGAAGCUUCGCAGCGGAGAAGUUGGAGAGCGAUCGCUUUUUCGUUGCCAUGGAGUGCUUCAGGAAGCUCAUGAACCGCCGUGCAGCCUUCUACCUGGUGUACCUCAGUUCAGCGAUGAUGCUUCCGCAGGCCGUGACGGCUCUGGUGCUCUUCUAUGGCGGCAAGCUAGCAAUGUCUGGGCAGAUGCACGCCGGGAGUCUGCUGUCCUUCGUGUUCUACCUCCAGACUCUGAACUCGAACUUUUCCACCCUGGGGGACUUCUACAGCAACAUGGUGCAGGCAGUUGGAGCUGCUGUGCGCGUCUUCGAGCUUUGUGAGCGAAAGCCCAGGUCGCCCGACAUGGACGGCUGCUGGGACGAAGCCCAGGAGCGCGAUUGGAAAGGGGCUGGGGCUCUGCAGCUGCGGGAUCUCCACUUCAGCUAUCCAGCCCGGCCAGAUGUGAAGAUCCUGAAUGGCCUGAGCCUGGACGUCCCGGCCAGCACUGUGGUUGCCCUGGUAGGCCCUUCAGGCUACCUGGCAAAUUAUGACGGCUAA